AUGGCGUCUGCAGUGACCAGCAGAGAAAAGGAGCAGGCCAUCCCUACCAUCGACGCUGACCAAGCGCAUGCGUUGUUGAGCUCUGGCCAUGGCUAUGUGGAUGUCAGGAUGCGGGAGGACUUCGACAAGGCGCAUGCACCCGGUGCUCGGAAUGUUCCCUACUACCUGUCAGUCACGCCGCAAGGGAAGGAGAAAAAUCCACACUUUGUAGAGGAAGUGGCUGCGUUCUGUGGGAAGGAUGAUGUCUUCAUUGUGGCUUGCAACACGGGGAACAGAUCCAGAUUCGCGACUGCAGACCUUCUAAACGCGGGGUUCAAGAACGUGAGGAACCUGCAAGGUGGCUACCGCUCCUUUCUCCAGAGUGCAAAUCAGCAGCGACCUCAACAGCAGUAA